AUGCAUUUGCUCGGGAAAAAUCGUUCACGAGAGGAAUUACAAGAUACUAGUCCCAAUGGGAAACGCAAAGGCGUGUUUUGCGUCACCGCUGGUGUUGUGUGCUUACAGGGAACAUUGAUCAAAAUGGGUUCCGUGGUUACCGAUGAUCGUUCGCGUUCGGGGAACACACCAAACUUGACGUCGGCGGGUCAUGUCGCAACUAUAAUCCCGCGAAUCGAAAAUCCAACGUCCAAAUCCAACGGAGAAACGUUGCAAAACUCGAGAAGUUUUGAUUCGGACAAACAAACAGUGAACGAUCGGCAGAAGCGUAACCAGCGUGACAGAAACACUUACCAUGCACCUGUUGACACAGUUAACACACCCGCAAUGAAAUUUGUCAAAUUUGAGACUGGAGAAACAAUUCGAUUAAAAUGUCACAUUCCCAAUGGUCCAUAUCUGGUUAUGUGGAACAAAAUCGGUUUGGACUAUCCACUGAGCAUUGGAACCAGACGUUUUGUACCGGACAAUCGGGUUCACGUGCGAUUCAGGCCCCCGGACAAAUGGCGCCUGACAAUCAACAAUGCCAAACUGUCUGAUAGUGGAGUGUAUACCUGCACGACCAGUGAACGAAAAGCGGAACAGGUCUCGUCGGAUGAGCAAGCUGAUGUGGGUCCCAGAGGUGGUGCUUCCGUGACAAGCAAUACACUUUCAACUCCCGGAAAGGAAAUCCAGUCAGAACUGGAUCGAGGAGACGAGCAAGAUGGGAAUAAAGAACCAGUCAACAGUGAUUAUUACGUAACCGUAGUCGAGCCGAACCCCAGCGAUAGAUUUCAAGUUGACGCCCCAGCCACGGAACGCGUGAUCAAACAGAACAAAUCAAUCGUCGUGACCGGGCCGAAAAUUGUCUUCUACGGCACUCCGCUCGAGUUAAUUUGCCGUGCCAGUUUUGCCUCGUCCGAAGCAAAACUGAACCCAAAGAUUUCUUUAGAAUGGUAUCACCGCGGUGUACGUAGACGACCACAUCCGACACGCUCCGGUGGCGUUUACAUAUCAGAACGCUGGUUAGAUUCCAACCUGUUGGAAAGUCGUCUACUGGUUGCUUGGGCCAGUGAAGCUGAUGCGGGUCAAUGGAUCUGUCUGGAUCGAUCUAACUUUCCAAAUACUGUUGGUGUUGCGAGAACGGGGCCUGAGAAUCAGUAUUUGCAGUACCCACACCUGAAAUCGACCCCGAAUGAAAGUACCAACAGUUUACAUCUUUCGGCAAAGACGUAUAAUGUCGGCGUGAAGCAACCUGGAAGCAACAGCGACAAGCCAAUGUAUCCGUUCGUCCCUACCGCUAUCCAACAACCUUACGAUCAGGAUAUCACGUUUGACAGGAUAGAAGUUGAAAUUGUCGGUGAGUAUCAGUUUGCACACAAGUGA